ACAUAUACAAUAGGGCAAGAUCAUAUUUUGUACAAAUAUGAUCAUAUUAAUAUAUUCUCCAGGGAAAACACAUGAACUGGUAAUUUUGAUAUUUAAACUUGAUAAUGAUGCGUGUUUUACAGAAGUUGUUUUAUCUUUAAACAAUAUCAUAUGAAAUGAGAUGGUAAUUAUGAUAAAACAGUUGGUUGUAUUUGCGGAUUUACUAUCAUUUUUACAUCAUUAACUUUUGUUUGAAUUUUACCGUUAACUUAUAGUUCAAAGGUGAACAAAAAAAAGAUCUUAUCAUAAAAUAAGAUACAAUCCUAGCAAUAUUAGUAACAACAGAUCACAAUAUUGUGGUUAUCUAAAAACUGAGCAAAUUGAAAGUUAUUUACUGAACACUUCAGUUCACAUACUUCUAUUCUUAAGAUCUUACUUCCCUGGUUCAACCUGGUAUAAAAUUGUACAAAGAAUUGUAAGAAAAAAAGAUCCAAAUUUUUUCUUGUUGUAAUUUAUAGAAAUGGCAACCAACUUUAGUCUGAAUAUCGGUGAAGAUAUCUCACUUACACUAAUAGAAGAACAACUACUAGGAUGCAAAAUAAUAUAUAUUGAAAGGCAAAAGGUAACUAAGAAACAGAAAAUUGGAAUUGAUUUACAGACAGCUCAAACCAUGAUGGACCUUAGUGGAGAGGUUAAUGAAAUAGUGAACAAAUUUGGGGAUGGAAGUGUAAGUUUUAUCCGAUCAUAUGUAGUCAACAAAGAUGUUCAUAUGAAAAUAAGCACAUGCGGGUCUUCGAUCAACAUAGAUAUUAGAAGAUACAGUCUGAUCAAUGGAAACCUUGUUCCGAUGAAAGUCGGGGUUUCAGAGCCAGGAGUGUACUAUCAGGACUACAUCAACGGACUCCUGGAAAUGAUUCAGGCAAGCAAAAAAUCAGGCGUCUGAAAAUGAAUGUGUAAAAUGUAAGAAGUCGUUUUACUCUAAAUAUACGAGAACCAGGCGAGGACUGGCUGUGAUGAAUGCUGGGGGACAGAUGACAAGUGUUCCCACAACUUU